UACGAGUUGUUGAGCUCGCUGAGACGCGCGUCAGUAGGCCUGAAACGCUGUGCUAGCUGGGAAGCUGGAGGACUGAGGAGGCUGCUGUCGGUGGAGAGAUGGAUGUUUUCCUUAUGAUCCGGCGUCACAAGACGACCAUUUUCACCGACGCGAAGGAGUCAACCACAGUGUAUGAGCUGAAAAGGAUUGUGGAGGGAAUAUUGAAGAGGCCCCCUGAAGAGCAAAGGCUGUACAAGGAUGACCAAUUGCUGGAUGACAGCAAGACGCUGGGGGAUUGUGGAUUCACCAGUCAGACAGCUAGACCCCAGGCUCCUGCGACUGUGGGGCUAGCCUUCCGAAUCAAUGAUGAUGCUUUUGAACAGCUGCGAAUUGACCCCUUCUCCAGCCCACCUGAGCUACCCGACGUCAUGAAGCCACAGGAUUCUGGGAGCAGCGCCAAUGAGCAGGCUGUGCAGUGAAAAGAAGAAAAUGGGGGAUUACCUUACAACCUUGCAGCUCUCCAUAACAUCUCGCCCUCUUCUUCCACCCACACCUACUAGACACAAUCCCCCCCUCACCCCCCCACCCGUCCCCCAAAUACUGGUAUCCAUAUGAGCCACAGACCAGGAUUUCUGGGCAAAAGGACAUGGCUGGUUUCAGGGCAGAUUACUCCUCGUGUCUUUUUGAAAAGAAAACAUAGCAUGCACUGUUGAUUCGUUUGGUUUUUGAUUGUGCCCAGCCAAGCCCACACAGCAGUAUAUAUAUAUGUGUGUAUAUAUAUAUAUAUAUAUAUAUCCCCCUUAAGAAGAUAAGUGGGCGAGGAUAUUUUGCUAAAUUAAAUUAUUGAGUGGAAUAACCUGUCACCCUGGCCUUGAAGUGUCCUGACCGAGUGCGUUUCUCUCACCGAGUGUUGGUGGGGUUUCUUUUUCUUUUUUUUUUUAUUUUUUGUAUUACUGAUAUCAGAUUUGCCACGUCUACAAGGGUCUGCUUUUUAUAAAGGAGCUUGUUAGUUGUAAAUCAAGGCAGCCUUGUCAUUUUUCAUCCCCCUGGAGGUCAAUUGUGCGGCACUGGCAGGCGUUUGCCUCUCCUCCACCAACACAAACUUUUUUCGGGGACGAUUUCUCUCUGAUUUGUGUUGGUCUUUUCUUAACUGACAGCACCAUCCGGCUGCAGCCCUGAUUUGGAAUAUUAGUAAGCACGACUGCACUUGACCAGCAGGGGGCGCUCUGCCAGUCUCCCAUAAUAGUGAGGUUUAUAAAAAGUUUAACAGUGGUCGUCACGUCUGAAGAAAAACGUAAUGACGCGCUUCAAGAGCAGCACGUCUGCAAAGCGGUUGUUGUAAAUUGUGUGUGUGUGUGAGAGUGUGUUUCAUAUAAAAACAGCAUUCCCCACCUGCAUACCUUUAAGAGGUGGCAGCGAGAGUUUGAGGGAACCUCCAUGUUAGCUGGCGCCGUCUGACGAAGGCCAGGGUUCCUGUCUGUGUGGAGGAGUCGCUGCUGGUGACGUCGUGACCGUCUGUCCUUUGGCUUUGCCAAUCUUGUGACCUCCUAGGAUGCACAGGCAGUUAGCUGGGCAUCAUGACUUUUGGGGGUGGGGGGUUGAGGGUUGUAUGUGCCAGUUCAGGGUACUAAAAUGUCACCUCCCUUAUUCCAUCCCGGUCGUCUCCGUUUAUCCUUAUGAGGGAGUCCCAUUUAAUGGAAGACACAAUGUGGUGGUGGUAUUUUGAGGGGGGGUUGAGAUUUCUUUUCCUUUUUUUUUUUGUAGACUUUAUCUGGGAGGGCUGCAAGGGUGCCAUUAGAAGAGUUUAGCUGUGUUUUAUGGUGGGCCCAGGAUCUGCAGUUACUUCAUGUUGAGCCUACUUGCCAUCUACUUGUACCCCCAACCACUAGGUCAACCCUGGAGGGGGUCGGGGGGGGAGGAGUUGUGUAACUUUGAACCCCGCAGCUGUGGGGUAAAGAGGGUGGGCUGUUGGGUAAGGAGACCUCCAGAUGCUGCAUGUCCUGCUGCUGUUUUGGUCAAGUUAGCUUGACCUCUGACCUUUCUUUUUUUUGGGUUUAUGACCGUCUUGCGUCUCCACUCAUUUUUUUUUUUGUUUUUUACAAGAUGAUCCCUGAGUUGUUCAAACAAACUUGUGUUUAUUUAAUUUGGGUGGGUGGGCAGCACAGCACUGACUGUUGCCCCCUCUUUUUUCUCGAUAUUUGGGAUAAUUAAAAGUUUUGGCCCACCUGUGCGCCCCACCCCCGCCAGUAUAGGACGUUUUGUGUGAAAUUACAGGUGAAUAGGGGGUUUAAAAAAAAAAUAAUAAUAAUAAUCUCCUUCACACCGCGCUUUUUGGUGUUUUGCUUUCUGAAAUGCAUUGCUUGAGAUUUGAAUCGGUUGCCCUUUUAUUUUGGUAUUUUUUUUCUUAUCAUGAGAAUAAAUUUAAAACAAGUAAAGGAACUUCUCAGUG